AUGGCCGGCGCGGAGUCGCUGCUGCUGCUGCUGCUGCUGCUGCUGCCCCCGGGAUUGGCAUUCCACGCCGCCUGGGACCCUUUCGCCCCGCAGCUGGGCGACACCCGCUCCUGCCAAGACCAGUGCCGGAGUCUCGCCCAGCGCCGGGGUGCUGCGCAGGCCGCGGUGCUGAGCGCCUGCUCCCGCGGCUGCCGCCUCUUCUCCAUCUGUCGUUUCGUGGCCGCCAGCGUCGAGCCCAACGCCACCCGGGCCGAGUGUGAAGCAGCUUGCUUGGAGGCCUAUGGCCAGGCAGAGGAGCAACUGGCCUGCGUAGAAGGAUGCUGGAGGCAGAUGCCAGAGGUGGAAAGUCAGGAGGAAAAGCAGAUCCCAGAGCCUCCACCUGCUGCCCUCUCUGUUCUGGACCUGAUCUCCAACCUCUGCAGUGACCUGGUCAGCUCGGCUCAGAGUUUCAUCUCCUCCACCUGGACUUACUACCUACAGGCUGAUGAUGGGAAGGUGGUGGUGUUCCAGUCACAGCCUGUGAUGGAGUCCCUCAUGCUCAAGACGCCCCAGCCAAAGCAAAUGGAGGCAGUUUGGCUAGGCUCUGGUCCAGACAUCCUGGAUUCCCACUCAGACCCAGGGGAGAAGCUGGAGAAGCCUGCAGGGAAGGAGGCUAAGGGCAAGGCCAGACUGCAAAUUUCGGAACCUCCUCAGCCAGAACAUGACUUCCUGGGCUGCAUGUCCAAGCGCUCAGGGCUGCCCCGCUGGAUCCUGGCUGCCUGUCUCUUCUUCUCCGUGCUGGUGAUGCUGUGGCUAAGCUGUGCUAGUCUGGUGACUGCUCCUGACCAGCACAUCAGGACCCAGCCCCUGAGCAUCCCUGGGGACAAGGACUACCUGGAGAAGCCGGAGGACCCCCUGGCGUUGCCCCCUGUGCUGGCCGUUGCCAUUUGCCCUGCUGAGUCUGACCCUGAGGCUGGCCCACUGCCACUCAAGGUGGAAUUGGACCGGACGGCUCUGUAGGCCGG